CAGAGAACGGCGUUGACGCAAAAAUAUCCUCGCUCCCGUCCUCGAGCUGGCCCUUCCGUCCUUGGUUCCCGCCGCCGCCGGAGAUCUCCCGCCAGACGCCGCCGCCGCCCGCAGAGCCCGUCAGUCCGCGCUAAGGGGUGAGAUGCAGUGACUCUACUUGCUAUGGAUUGCAAUCGGAAUGAUCUAGUGACAGGGCUCGAUCUGGAGCCUGAGCUUAGUUUAGUGGCUGUAGAUGCUGGCAUACCAGAACAGCAGAGCCAUCUCGUUAACUGGGAUGAACUACAGAUUGAGGAAAGGCUAGAUGAUGAAGGGGAAGGAAGGAUAGAAGUUUUCGAUGAGGAUCAGGUGUAUCGUCUUCUGGGUCUUAGAACCGAUGACGAUCCUGAGCAAAGUGCUGCUGAUGCUACUUCAAAUGCUGAUGAUGCUACUGCAAACAAUGGUGGUACAGUCCCUGAUGUCGAUGCUAGAGGUGCAGGUAUCCCUGAUGUUGAUACUGGAGGUGCAGCUAUCCCUGAUAUUGAUACUAGAGGUGCAGCCAUCCCUGUUGAUGAUGCCAUACCAGAGGAGAGGGUGCUGGUAUACGACCCAAACAAACCAUGCAUGGAUCUUGGCACUGUGUUCCCCAGCAUGGUCGAUUUUAGAUUGGCUGUGAGGCAGUUCGCUAUCAAUAAACAGUUUGGACUACAUACUGCGAAAACUGACAAAGAGAGGUUUAUUGGGACGUGCCUGGGAGAAGUUUGCCCAUGGCGUAUUAAUGCUCGUAAACUGCCUAAUUCAAAAACUGUUAUGAUUACAGCUUUGACUGACGAACAUAACUGCACUUCCAGUGCGAGGAGAUUGACUACUACACCCACUGCUGCCUGGGUUGCUACAAGGGGGAUGAAGCAUCUUAGGAGGGACCCAAGUAUGGGCGCAACUAAACUACGGGAAGUGCUGGAAGAUGAACACAAAUGCACAAUUGGAUAUGACACCGUGGCAGAUGGGAGGAAUAUUGCACUGAAGAAACUGCAUGGCGCUUGGGAGGAUAGCUUCCAAUUGCUGUACAAUUGGAGGGAAGAGGUUCUGAAGCACUCACCAAACAGUGUCAUUGAGAUCGACACCCUGGAGGUUGAUGGCAAGGUAUACUUUUACAGGUUCUUUUGUGCUUUGAGUCCUUGUAUUGAGGGUUUUUUAGAGGGCUGCAGACCUUACCUUAGUAUAGACUCCACUGCAUUGAAUGGUAGGUGGAAUGGACAUUUAGCAUCAGCCACUGCUUUAGAUGGAAAUAAUUGGAUGUACCCUGUUGCAUUUGGCUUCAUAGAUGGUGAGACAAGUGAUAAUUGGGAAUGGUUCAUGACUCAGUUGAAUAAGGCCAUAGGAGACCUUCCUCAGCUUGCAAUAUGCACUGAUGCAUGCAAAGGCCUAGAGACAGCUGUAAAGCAAGUGUUUCCUCAUGCUGAACAUAGAGAGUGUUUUAGGCAUCUUAUGAAGAAUUUCUUUAAGAAGUUUGGGGGUGAUUCUUUUUCUAAGAUGUAUCCUGCAGCUAGAGCAUAUAGAACUGAAGUAUUCCAAUAUUUCUUCAAUCAUGUUAAAGAUGCCAGUGAUGAAGUGUUGCCAUGGCUUGACAAUCAUCAUAAAUUUUUAUGGAUGAGAAGUGCAUUUAACCCUAUAUUCAAGUGUGAUUACAUAACCAACAACCUUGCUGAAUGUUUUAACAAUUGGAUUAAGGACUGGAAGGACCUUCCUGUUUGUGAGCUUGCUGAUAAAAUUAGGGAGAAGUUAAUGGUACUGUGGAGGAAGAGAAGGCAGAUUGGACAAAAGCUUAAUGGGAGGAUUUUACCAACAAUCAUUCGUCAGUUGAAAAUGAAAACCAGAAACUUGGGUCACUUGACAGUUAUCAGCUCUGAUAGUAUUGCUGCAGAGAUAUGGGAAGUGAAUACCAUCCAUAACAGGCAUGUAGUGAGGACUUAUCUCCAUGAGUGCACAUGCAUGGAGUGGCAACACACUGGCAAGCCAUGUCAGCAUGCUUUGGCUUUGAUUACAGCUCAAGAAACUGUGGAUGUGGAUCUUGAGCCAUUUGUCCAUGAGUAUUUUUCAGUUGAAAAUUUCAGAAAUGCAUACAAGAGAUUAAUAGAGCCACUGCCAGAUAAAACUCAGUGGCCACAAGUGCAACUUGCAUCUAGAGUUGAGGGACCAUUGGACAAAAAGGGUGCUGGGAGAUACAGGAAGCUGCGGAUAAAGGGUUGUCUUGAAGGAGGAAGUGGUGGCAAAGGGAAAAAGGCUGCCAAGGAGGCUGCCAAGGAGGCUGAUAAUGCUGCUGCCGAAGAGGAGGCUAUGCAAGCUGGUAAACCUAAGAGGCAAUUAAUACGAGGGCAAAGAACGUGCAAGGGGUGUGGAGAAUUAGGACACACUGCAUCCAGCUACAAAUGUCGGCUAAAUGGGACCAAGAAAAGGAAGAGGAACCCUAGGACAAAUACUACCAAGUAUGGGAAGAACGGGGAAAGGAAGUCAAGUCAAAAAGCUCCUGUGCAUGCUCCAGUCGAACAAGAAAAUGCUCUUAUGCAGCCUGCUGUGCAUCAAGAAAGUGCUCUAGUGAUUCCAGAAAACACUCCUGUGCAUCAUCCUUUGCAUCAAGAAAGUGCUCUAGUGAUUCCAGAUGUUGCUCCUGUGCAGCCAAACAAUGUCGCUCAAGCUGAAAAUGAUGUGCCAAGUAAACUUGCAGAAAUACUUGGAGGAGGGACAAGUACAUUGCUAAAUCGUUUUUCGCCAAAGAAGCAAGCUAGAACUACACCAAAACCAAGGAAGAAGCCUGCAAAUAUACCAAUUGGGAUGCUAGUGAAGAAGUUGACUCCAAGGAAGCCGAAGACAACCUGAGAUGUCAUUUAUUAUCUGAACCUAUGUAUCAUGUUAUGUUAUCUGAACCUAUGUAUUUUGCUUCUGUUAUCUGGACAACCUGCUCGAUGAACUUGUGUUGCUGUAACUUAAA